UCUUGAUUAAGUAUUGUACGGGCUAAGAAGUCAUGCGUGUUGAUUGGUUAGAUAGCGGUGAACUAUGCAGCGCGUGCAAUUGAUAAAACCGAACUUGUGAGAAGGGACUUACAUAGCAGUGGACGAGAUCGAAUCAGUGUUGUUCAGAUUGUUUUUAUUUUAUUCGAGAGAACUCUAGUUUUUGUUAGAAUGAGUCUGGAAAUGCCAGCGGAAGAAAUCGUCCAUACAAAAGUAUGGUUCACUACAUUCGAUUAUGUUAUAUUCUGCACAAUGAUGCUCCUAUCGGCAGUGAUUGGAAUUUACUACGGAUUUUUUGCCAAGCAAAAACAAGAUAAUACAGCCGAGUAUCUGCUGGGGAGCAGGCAGAUGAAAGUAUUUCCAGUGGCCAUGUCGCUAACUGCAACCCACAUUUCUGCCGUCACCAUGUUGGGCGUUCCGGCGGAAAUGUACCGCUACGGAAUCCAGUAUUGGGCAUGUUCCAUAUCCGGUUUGAUAGUAACGAUAUUCAUGGUGUACGUAUUUCUGCCGGUGUUCUACGAGCUACAAUCGACCUCGUGCUAUGCGUACCUGGAGCAAAGGUUCGAUAAAACGGUGCGUCGUCUGGCUAGCUUUCUAUUUAUGCUGUACUGCUUGCUGAACGUACCGGUGUUAAUCUACACUCCGGCAAUAGCAUUUAGUCAAGUUACUGGUAUAAACUUACAUAUCAUCACGCCCGCCAUUUGCUGUAUUUGUAUUUUUUACACCACCUUCGGAGGCAUACGGGCAGUGAUAUGGACAGAUACACUUCAAUUCGGCAGUAUGAUUUUGGCACUAUUAGUUGUCAUGACACUGGGAACACUACAGUUGGGAGGCUUCAUCAACAUAUUUAAAAUUGCCGACGCUGGAGGGAGGCUGAUCUGGUUUAACAUGGACCCCGAUCCUUCACUGCGAUCAUCCUUUUGGUUAGUAUCCGUAGGCUUAACUUCCAUGUGGAUUUCAAAUAUUGGCGUCACACCAGAAUGUGUUCAACGAUUUCUCACAGUACCGGACAUAUCAAGUGCGAAGAAAGCCGUUUGGAUAUUCGGUGUUGGUCACAUUUUGGUCAAACUAUGUUCCGUUUACAAUGGACUGCUGGUAUUCAGUAAAUAUCAUGACUGUGAUCCAGUCCACUCGGGUCUUGUUAAAAAGAAUGACCAAAUUUUUCCCUACUACGUACUGGACGUGGCUCGCCGGAUUCCCGGUCUUCCCGGAUUGUUCGUAGUGGGUGUAUUUUCCGCAGCCCUGUCGUCGAUGUCCACCAUUUUAAAUACUCUAUCGGGAACGAUUUAUGACGACUUCGUGAAGCCACGAUUCAACUUUAAAGAAAAAUUGGCUAGUUCCGUUAUCAAAUCGAUGGUUGUGGUGAUCGGGGUCAUCUGUUUACUGCUGGUUUACGUUGUAGAGAAGCUGGGAAGUGUUUUCAGUUUAGCCAUUUCAGUGUCCGGCGUAACGUCUGGGACGCUGCUGGGAAUUUUCUUUCUGGGGAUGUUUUCCCCGAAAAUAAAUGCAAAAGGAGCCUACUGGGGAGCAAUAAUUUCGCUGGCAUCACUGUGUUUCAUUGCUGCUGGAGCUCAAUUGGAAAUUUUGCAAGGAAAUUUAAAAUAUCCGAGUUUACCGUUGAGAUAUGAUGGUUGUCUUGGUUUCAAUUCCACAGGAACGGCAACCAGUACAUUCUACGUCGACGCCGAAGGGCAUGACAACUCCGAAGUACCGUGGCUGUUCCGGCUAGGCUUUAUGUACUAUUCGGCAUUGGGCACGAUUAUUGCCGUUUUCUCCGGAACCGUUAUAAGCUACAUGACAGGUGGUCAAACUGAACCUGUUCCGGAGGUACUGCUAACACCGUGGGUUCGCUCACUGUACAAACCUGUCCGCUGUGUGGACGAUUAUGAAUUGAAAAACGCAAAAGAGCAUCGGACGUUGCAGAUCACAAAAAACGAUGAAUAAA